AUGGAAAUCGGGGAGGGGGAUCGGAUAUAAAAUGAAAUCUGAAAAAGGCAACAGAAAUUAACACGUCUUAAAUGUUGUCAACACCGCUCUCUCCUCUUUAUAUAUAUCCUUCCCAAAUGCUCGAUCUCUCCAAAUACUCAAUCCCCUGCAUCCGCACUCACACUUCAUCAUAUGCACACACACAUCUCCGGGUGUCGUCUCUAGCUGCCUCUGAUACGGAAAUAUCAAGAAGCUCGGAGAUGGUGAAGUUCUCCAAAGAGCUGGAAGCUCAGCUGAUACCGGAAUGGAAGGAAGCGUUCGUCAACUACUGGCAGCUGAAGAAGCACAUCAAGCGAAUCAAGCUGUCUCGACUUCCUUCUCAAUCCCCUCAUCUUCAUCUUCAUCUUCAUCAUCCUCAUCAGCCCUCCUUCUUCCCCUCCCUACUGCGCUUCUUCUCCCACAAACCUCCCCCACCGCACGUCAUUCAGGUCAGGAGAAAAAUCAUGGCAGACUCUGACGACGAAGUCUAUCAGACUGAGCUUGCCCAGCUGUUCUCCGAAGAAGAUGAGGUGCGAGUGUUCUUCGAGAGAUUGGACGGAGAGCUGAACAAGGUGAACCAGUUCUAUAAGAGGCAGGAGAAGGAGUUCCUGGAGAGAGGAGAAAUGCUGCACAGGCAGAUUCAGAUCCUUCUCGAUCUCAAGCACCUCCUCUCCGCCGACCGGAAUCGGAAACCGUCAAAGCCCUCCGAGACCGCCUCUUUCCACCGUUUUCUGUCCCGCCACCCCAACUACUCCGAAGAUGAAUCUAAACUAGAGGCUUCGCAAACAAAUGAAGUGAAGGCAACAUUGGAGAAAAAUGGCGUAAAUUUUGUGCAUUCGGCUACAGUGGCCAAGACAAAGAACGGCAAGUGCAAGAUGGCAAUGAGGAUCGAUAUUCCGACCGCCGGGCCUGCACGGGCGAUAACAGCUGCGACCUCCAUGCUUUGGGAGGAUUUGGUUAACAAUCCGAUGACGGAAGGCUGUGUGGACCUCAAUCAAAAAAGAAAAAUCCAGUAUGCCGAAAAAAUGAUUCGCGGAGCUUUUGUUGAGCUCUACAGAGCACUCGGCCUUCUCAAGACUUACAGCACACUCAAUAUGGUAGCAUUCUCAAAGAUACUCAAAAAAUUUGACAAGGUAUCUUGCCAGAAGACUUCAGAAAAUUAUCUAGCAGAAGUGAAGAGGUCCCAUUUCGUAAGUUCUGAUAAGGUUGUAAGAUUAAUGGACGAAGUGGAAUCCAUAUUCACAAAGCACUUCGCCGACAAUGACAGGAAAAAAGCCAUGAAAUUCUUAAGACCUCAACAGCAACACAAAGAUUCUCACACGAUCACCUUCUUUGUCGGGCUGUUUACCGGUUGUUUUGUAUCGUUGUUCUGCGUGUAUGUAAUAUUGGCCCAUCUGAGUGGUGUAUUUUCUCCUACUUCAGAGGCAGCUUAUGUGGAUGCUAUCUAUCCUGUUUUCAGUGUGUUUGCAUUGUUAAGCCUACACUUGUUCAUGUAUGGAUGCAAUUUGUUCAUGUGGAAGAGCACAAGAAUAAACUAUAACUUCAUAUUUGAAUUCUCACCAAGCACAGCUCUCAAGCAUAGGGAUGCCUUUUUGAUAUCCGCCACCUUCAUGACUGCUGUGGUUGGAGCAAUGAUCAUACACCUCCUUCUUAAGGCUGCCGGCCUUAUCCCCGGCCAAGUUGAUGACAUUCCUGGAAUUCUCCUUCUGUUCUUUCUAUGCUUGCUCAUUUGCCCAUUUGACAUCUUUUACCGCUCAACCCGGUCUUGCUUCCUCCGUGUUCUUCGCAACAUUGUCUUCUCCCCAUUUUACAAGGUUCUGCUGGUAGAUUUUUUUAUGGCUGACCAGCUAACUAGUCAGGUUCCAUUGCUAAGGAGUAUGGAAACCGCAGGCUGCAACUACGUUGGUAGAGUUUUCAAAACAUACCCACUUGACACAUGCUCUUCUGGAAAGCUAUACGUGGAAAUAACUUACUUAAUCUCGUUCUUGCCUUACUAUUGGCGUGCUAUGCAAUGCGCAAGACGAUGGUUUGAUGACAACAAUAUAGACCAUUUGACUAAUAUGGGAAAGUAUGUAUCAGCAAUGGUGGCUGCUGGGGCAAGAGUCACCUAUACCAGGAAAGAGGAUCAUCUAUGGUUUGCUAUAGUCUUGGUGACAUCCGUGGUGGCCACAAUUUACCAAUUGUACUGGGAUUUCGUCAAGGAUUGGGGGUUUUUAAAUCCCAACUCCAAAAACCCCUGGCUUAGAGAUGAUCUAAUCCUAAAGAACAAGAGCAUAUAUUACAUGUCAAUGGCCUUCAAUGUUGUUUCAAGAGUGGCUUGGGUGGAGGGCGUUCUGCAUCUCAAAGUAGGACCUGCUCAAUCCCGAUUGUUAGAAUUUUGGUUAGCUUCAUUGGAGGUUAUUCGAAGAGGACAUUGGAAUUUCUACAGGUUGGAGAAUGAACAUCUAAACAAUGUCGGUAAUUUCCGGGCAGUGAAGGCAGUUCCGUUGCCAUUCAGGGAGGCAGAGUUUGAUCAUUGAAGAGAUUUUCUAGUGCAUGUAUAUAUGUCUCUCAGAAAUUCUGACAUAAAAAAGAAAAAGCAUAAGCUGAAAGGGAAACAUGCCUAGAAGAGGGGCAUACCUCUUCAUUCUUCUGACAUGCCAGCUGCAAGACAAGUGUGAAUAUGAACCAAAUUUGUCCACUGUAAUGCCAACAGUGCACCUCAAAAUGACAUGAUCACUUGUAAAUUGGCCUGAUCUAGAUCAGCCUUAUUAGUCAAAGAAAGUUUUCCUUGGAUUCUUCUCUGUACCUUUUUUCCUCUUCUUUCUCUUGUGUUCCAUUGAGUUUGAAGAGAUUGAAAGAUUUGUGUUUGUGUUUGUCUUAUCUAGUGUAGCCUCGGGGGAAAAAAGGCAAGAAGAAACAAUUGUACAAGCUGCAGCUAGCAGAAAGAAGUUUGAUUCUUAUGAGAACGCUAUUACAUUAA